UUUUUUUUUGAUAAUAUUUUUUUGGAAAAGUUUUUUUUUAUCCCGAUAAUUUAGAAAUAGGAAUAAUGUUAAGGAAAUUUCUACGGUACCUCUUUAAAUAUUAAAGGUACCGGUACCUUCAUAUUUGCAGCCAAUCAAAUUCUACUGUAAAGCCACGUCAUUUGCAUAGCAUUAUACGAGUAGUCCACAUUCCACAAUAAAUAAGUGAAAUAUUAAUUUGUUAACCGUUCUAGACUACGUCACUCCGUCAAUUGUUACCGUUCUAGAGUCUAGACUCCCAACCUCCUUUCCUUUCUAAGGCCAAGUCAAACGAUGACAAAAUUAUAGAAACAUCAGCGAAUCAAACCAGGAUACAAGAUCGAUCAAAACUAUAUAUAGAAUCGAACAUUAUAUUCGGGCAUUCAGUUUGUGAACAAGGCGGCGGCCGGCAGGGAAAGGUUGGCCAACAUAUAUAUUUAGUAAUUGAACUAUUGAAUGAUGCCCGUUUCUUAUUGAUACCAGAAAUCUUCAUUCGGGAAGGCAGCUUAGUGUCAAUGAGUUUCGGAAUUUGAAGCCCUUGAGAUUGGAGGAAGGAGUCAAGGAGAAGAGGUUGCAGUUGCUUGGCUUGUUAGGUAACUUACGGGAGUGACGGAGUCUCAGGCAGUUAGCAACAUUUGAGUAUUCCACUUCAUUAUUAGGGAUUAAAAUGCAAAUAAGAAACUUCAUAUACUAAUAUGAUUCGAUGUUAACGUGGCAUCACAUCAGAAAUUGAUUGGCUAAAAAAUUUAAGGUACCAGUACACCAUUUAUUUUAGAAGGCACCGUAGAAGAGCCCUAAUGUUAACCCUCUUUUGAUAAUUUUUUAGUUAGAACCCCAUUAAAACAGAAGGAUAUGGAUAUACUGGUUUGUUGGUGUAAGAUCCCGUUGACAGUAGGAGGGGAAGGAGGUAUAUCCGCAUAUGCCCGCGUUUAUCCUUGUCGAAUUCAGGCCAUUUGUACAGUACCUGGCGCACAGCGAAUAAUGAUAUUCCGCGUACACACCUUUGGAACGUACUUUGGAUAGCACAAAAAAUUUAGUUUGGAUAAAGCACUUUUGGAUAUUCUUCUUCUUAAAGAUUCUGUUUUUUCAAUAAUUUUCAAAUAGAAAUAAUGUUAUCCUUUUUUGAUACGACAUUUCUUGGGGAAAAUAAUUAAAAUAACCUAAACUUUGAAGGAAUGUGAUAUUAACACCUCAUAUUUGCAUAUGUAAUUUAAACACCUCAAACUUUAUAUAAAAAGUUAUUUUAACAUCAUAGUCAACUAUAAUUUCUUUCAAAAAUGUAAAAUUUAUGAUGUUAAUUGCAUAAUUUAAAAUAUUUUAGAAUUCACGAGGACACAAUUAACAUUUUAAGCUUGCAUUAGGAAAUAAAUAAUGUUACCCUCAAUCUAUAUAAUUGCAACACUUUUAAUUUUUUAUUUUAAAUUAUGCAAUUAACCCCAUAAAUUAAUUUUUUUUGAAAGAAAUAAUACAUGAUAAUGGUGCAAAAAUAACCUUUUAUUUAAAGUUUAGGGUAUUUAAUUUUAUAUGGAAGUUUGAGGUGUUUACCUCACACCCCUUCAAAGUUUGAGGUAUUUUUAUUAUUUUUCUCGAGUAUUUAAAUUACAUAUGUAACCUUUUAGUGAGUAUUAUAAUAGGAAAUAUUUAGAUUUAGACCUCAUUUAGUUACCCCAAUUCUCGGCUGAUCAGCUUUAGUUUUAUAAAAUACAUCACUUUUAUUUUAUGCGUUGAAUUAUGUAAUAAUUAAAAUAAAUAAGAUUGUAAUUGUUUUUGUUUCUAAAUUGAUUGAAGUUACCCGAUAGCGCAAUUUUUAGUUAUUUAUAAUUUUUUCCCUUAUUAUUAGGGAUUUUUUUUUGCAAUUCAGCAUAUUCUGUCGUUUCAAUCAAAAUUUAGUAGAUUCAAUCGAUUAAUUAUAUGAUUAAUUAAGAGUCGGAGAGCUACCAAAAAAGCUCUUAGUAGGCCUGGACUCGGGCCGGGUGGCCCGACCCGGAACUAUUCCGGCCCGGCCCGGCCCAGUGGCCUGCUGGCCCGAUCAGUGAGCGGUCCGGGUAGGCCCGACCUGCGGGGAAUCCGGUCCGGGCUCGGGUCCUUCAAAUGGCGAACCGGCCCGGCCGGGCCCGGUCCGGGCCGCCAACGGCUACUUUUUUAAUUUCUUUUUGUUUUCUUUUUAAUAAUUUAAAGGGCUCCUAGCCGUUGGGAAUAAUCCCAAACGGCUCUAUAGCCGUUGGAGGGCUAGGAGGGGGGUCCGGGGGGUUUUUGGGGGUGGGGAUAUUAAAAAAACCUAUUUAUACUCCUAUUUUCUAUACAUUUUUUAUACCGUCUUGAAUUCAUCAUACAAUCCUACUCCUACUCUCUAAUUUUCUAUUCUCUCAUACUCAAUCAUCUCCAUCUUCUCCAAAUCUCUACACACACACACACACACACACACACACACAUAUAUUAUAUCAACUUAUAUAUUAAUUAUCUACUUAUGUACAUAUAUUAUAUUACUAAUAUUUAUUAUCUACUUAAUAUAUUUAUUAUCUACUUAUACAUCUCCAUCUUAUUAAUAUUUACUUUGAUAUCUACUUAUUAUCUAUAUUUAUUGUUAUUUACUUAUAUAUAUUAAAGUAUUAGAUAUAAGUGUAUUACUCAUCUUAUAGUAAUAUACUUAUAUAUUAUAUACUAUAAACAUUAUAUUAUAUAUUAGUUAUACAAUUAUAUUAGUUACACUUGAAUUCAUAGUAAUUAAAUUCACCGUAUUAGUUAAUUUUUACAUUUCUCAUUAUCCUAAUUUAGUUAAUUAAUACUUGUCUCGUUUUUUCUAAUACUUACAUUUUUUUUAAUUGUUACAUUUUUCAUUAAAGUAUAAAACUAGUUAAUUGUUACAUUUUUUAUUUCCCUAUUAGUUAAUUUGUUAAUUGUUGCAUUUAUCAUAAAAGUAUAAAACUAGUUAAUUAUUACAUUUUUCAUUUCUCUAUGUGUGCAAGAUGGUCUAAAAGCGUUAGAAGAUGCUAUGGAGGUAGUCAAGGGGGGGAUUAGACGUAUUUAGGGUAAUGGUCAACUUAAAUUAAAAAUGGAAAAAUUAUUUGAUUGAAAGAUGUGUGAAAUAUGUUGCUUUUCUUAAAGAUUUGUCUAUUCGCUGGAAUAGUACUUAUAAAUUGAUUAAAGUUCUUCUUAGAUAUAAAGAACAUUUUCCUGCUUUUUUAAAACAAUAUGAUAACUAUAUUUUAAACUCCGCUCACAUCGACACUUGCAAAAAAAUUUGUAAUGUUUUGAUAUUUUUUUAAUAAUGCAACUGAAAGUUUUAGUCAUGUUUAUAAACCUACCUCAAACGAAUUUAUUCGUGAAGUUGUUAAUCUCGCCGGUGCUUUUAUUGAAUUUGAGAAUGCCGCUUACGUGAGUUAUUUUUGUGGUUUUAUGAAGGAAAAGUUUUUAAAAUAUUAUGCACAUAUUCCGCAUAUUUAUGGUAUUGCAUUUAUUCUCGAUCCUCGUUUUAGACUUGGUAAUUUGGAAGAAUGUUUGACGUUCUUUUAUCAUGCUUUUUUUUGGUCCAUUUCCAAUGUAUGACGAUAAUGUCAUAGAUCCGCAAGUUGAAUACAACGAGGUUAGUAAUUUAUUUUAUGCCUUAUUUAAUGAGUUUCAUGCACAAUAUGGCAACACGCCCCCUCCCCCGACACAAACAUCUUCAUCUAAAGGAAAAUCACUUUUUAAAUUUGCUUUUGGCAAUCUUAUGAAAAAACCUAAAACAACUCACACUACUGAACAAAGCGCACUUAAUGAGAUUUCUUUGUAUUUAAAUUAUGAGGUAGAAUUUGACGAAAAUGAUGACUUUGACGAAAAGUGGUGGAAGUGAAAAGAAAGAAUGUUCCCGAUUUUGGCACGGAUGGCUAAGCAAGUGCUAUCAAUGCCGGUUUCAACAGUUGCCGUGGAACAAGAAUUUAUUUCGGCCGGCAACGUUCUAACGGCAUGUAGAACGAGUUUGAGCGCAGAGUAUCUUGAGACGCUUAUAUGCUACCACGAUUGGUUGAAGGCCAUACGUAGAACUCAAGAAAUUAGCAUCACCCCCUCCCAAGACUUUAUGGAUGAAACAACAACCGAUGGUGGCUCAUAUGCCGGAGAUUCCGAUUGAUUACUAUUUUACAAUUUAUUAUAAAAUAUAUUUCAUGUUUUAAUUUUUCCCUCAAUUCUCUAUUGUAAUUUGUAAACUUGUAGUUCAUAUUUCAAAUAAAUAUACAUUCA